GCAAGCCCUAAAUCUCAAUCCUUUAAAUUGAGUUUCAGUAACUCACCUUCAAUUUAUGCAUCAUCAUCUUCACUUCAUUAAUUAAUUUCCUAAUCCAAUAUGGAUGCAAUAACAAUAUCAUCAAUGGAUGAUGACAGAUUUUCAAAAUUACCCAAUUCAUUGAUCAUUCACAUCCUAUCGUUUCUUCCAACUAAAGAUGUGGUCACAACAUGUCUUCUUUCGAAACGAUGGAAACUCAUUUGGUACUCAGUUCCCACAAUCUUUUUCUCCAAUAAUAUUAGUCAUAGACUUAUUAGUGCAGUUGAAUGGAAAAAUAAUCGAAAAAAGUUUUAUAAUUAUGUUGAAAAAUAUUUGGAACAUCGCAAGAAAGGUAUGUAUUUUAUCGUCGAUUCAGUCAUAACUAGCUUUAACCUUAACAUGAAGGGUACCUAUCAAAGAAGUAAGACUCACAUUUUGGAUAAAUGGUUAGCUUUUGCAGUUGAGAAUAAGAUUAAGGAAUUGUAUCUAUCUAUAGGUCGAGCUUAUAAUAAUGGUGAUAAUAUUGAGUCUUUUUAUUGCUUACCUGAGAUAAUAGACAAUGCAAGAUAUUUGACUGUUUUGGAGUUGAAUGCAGUGAGGUUGGAAACUACUUCUCAUUUGUUUAGUUUUCCAUCUUUGAAAACUUUGUCGUUGGAAAGAAUUCACCAAUCAAAUACUUCAAAAGAUCAUGAUGUUGUGUUUAAGUUUUUGUUGGGUUGUCCUUCUCUUGAGAAAUUGCGGUUACAUAAUUAUGAAUUUUUGCGCGUUGAUGAGAAGCUUCCACUACAAAGUUUAAGCCUCGAGGUCUUGGAAUUGAUAGAUACAGAAAAUGUAACUGAUUUGCUAGUUGAAGCUGUAAAUCUUGAAUCUUUGAUACUAAGUGGUAUUUCUAUGUGUAAUAUAAAUCUCUCUAGUUGCGAGAAAAUUCGAAAUCUCUUAGUUGAUGAUACUAGUGAUGUUUUUCAAUUAUCAUUAAAUGCUCUUAUUUCUAAGAUUCCUCAACUUGAGAAUUUUACUUUGAGCACUUGGUAUGCAUAUGAUCCCUAUGAUGAUCCUCUCAGAAUCUCUGGACAACAGUUGAAAAGUUUUAAUUUUAAGAAUUGUCACUUUGAACCGUGCAAUAUUACAAUUGAAUCAGCUCCGAAAUUAGAAUACUUUUGUUACGAAGGUUGUCUCGAUCUAAGCAUAUCAAUAGAUCCAUCAAAUUCCUUGAGUGGAAAAAUUGUGAUUUCUAAGGAAGAUUAUGAUGGCUAUGAUACAACUUGGUAUAUUGAUUUGUUGAAUUUUCUUUUGAAUCUCAAUUGCUCUUGGAAUACUCUUAGCCUGCAUAUUACAGAAUAUGAGGUACUUGUAUUAUGUUUUUAUUUGAUCAUGUGGCCUUAUAUUUCAAUAUUGUAUAGUUGAUCUAUUUACAUUAUGCUAAAUGAUAUGUUUAUAUGUUUUGU